UAUGUAACAGGCUAAAGCGGCCUAUAUAUUUUAACCACUAGGUGAAAUGGUUGAUAUUGUUAUAUUAUUUAGAUUACAGUUAUUUGGAUAUUUCACAUGUCAAACUUUUAUUUGCCUAUACCAAAAUCACCUUGCCACAUUCCCGGACACAUUCUCGAAACCAAAGAGGAAAACCAAAACUGCUCCAGGUGAGGGGUGAGGCGGAGUGUGCGCUCCCAGUGGGCGGGGCGGAUGCUUCUGAUUGGCUAUUGGUGGACAGAAUUAUCAACUUCGAUCAAGAUUACCUUUUCUUUAGACACAAGAAGGAAAGUAGCGUAUUUUUAAUAGGAUGCAGAACACAUCAUAUUUUUGGACUGUCUUCUUGGUGUUUAUUGGGUUGUUAUGGAUGGGCGAGGCUCAAGAAUGUGGUCGGCCACAAAUGCUAAACAGGAUUGUUGGAGAUUCUUCUGCAUCAGAGGGAGCUUGGCCUUGGCAGGUGGAUAUUCAGAAUGGUCAAGGACAUGUUUGUGGAGGAAAUGUCAUUAAAGAGAACUGGAUUCUGUCAGCUGCUCAUUGCUUUCCAAACCCUAAUGACAUCUCCUCCUACAUCAUUUACGUGGGCUGGCAGCAGAUGCAGGGUUGGAACCCGGACGAGACCAGUCAUAGUAUCCGUCGUGUGGUGGUUCCGUUGGGGUACACAAACUCCCAGCUGGGCCAGGAUAUCGCCCUGGUGGAGCUGGCGUCAUCUGUUGUGUGGACUGAACACAUUCAGCCGGUCAGCUUGCCCACAGCCAGUGCUGAGUUCAGCAGUGACAUGAGAUGCAUGAUCACUGGAUGGGGUGACAUUAGAGAUUGGGUUACUCUGCAGGGGGUUGGGCCUUUACAGGAAUUGCAGGUGCCUAUCAUUGACUCGAAGACAUGUCAGGAUAUGUUUCUGAAAAACCCCACAGAGAACAUUGACAUCCGCUAUGACAUGAUGUGUGCUGGCUUCCAAGAAGGGGGCAAAGACUCCUGCCAGGGUGAUUCUGGUGGCCCUCUGGUGUGUCAGGUCAGUGAUGGUAGCUGGGUGCAGGCUGGAAUUGGUAGCUUUGGUUUUGGCUGUGAUAAACCAAACCGACCAGGAGUCUAUGCUAAAGUGUCUAGUUUUGCUAACUACAUCCAGUCCCAUGUAGGAGUCCAGCAGAAGAGUGGAUCAAGUCACAAUUGGGCUGACAGGGUCAUGGUUAGGGCUGCACAAUUAAUUGAAAAACUAAUCGCGAUUACGAUUACGGCUGCCACGAUUAUGUCAUCGUGAAAACAG